AUGCACGAUAAGAAAUCCAUAGAUUAUGAUGCUGAAAAAGAAAUUAAGAAUAUCCACCAACGGCGACACAUGAAAAAAGAAGAAGUUCCACAAGUAACUUAUAGUUUAUCACGAGGUAUAUAUGAAGCAAUGUAAUACCUAUAUCGUGUUAAUCUGUUUACUCUAAAAAUCACAACAAGAUUAGGCAGUAAUGUUAAUAUCCUGCAUGCCAAGGAGAUUACAUUUAACAAUUUCGCAGCUUAAUAUGGGAUUAAGUCCAUUUUAAUCUAUGGCCAAAUAAGACCUUUGUUGCCAAGUUUGGAUAAUAAAUAUUAUAUCGAUUAAAGGGUAUGAGCAACAAAAAUUUUAUUGCUUCAUCUGAAAGAGCAUGAAAAAAUAAGCCGAUUGGCCGGUUAAUGCUCUAUUCUAUCUCCUCUAAUUCCGAAGUUAUACGCAAAAAUGUGCAAAAUAUAAGUUGCUGAUUCAGCACAACUUGUGACGUCAUUAGUUGGGUAAGUAUGUUUAAUGAAUACUAAACUGAAGCAUAGCUCAGUUAUUAUGGGCCCAAAUCAAUUGAAAUUCUGCAUACUGAUUGUACAUGACGAGAUGCAUUGAAAAUCACUUCUGAUUUUGUUGCCAAUGUAACAAUGUCGUUCCCAGGCCCCUUGCGCCAAUUUAUAAAACAGCUUUAUUCAUGGUACUUUUAAGGAAUAAGAUAAUAUCAGAAGUAUGUGUACCAUACCUAUGCAUGCCAAACCUUUACUUGCAUGAUAAUAAUUCGAAAAUAACAUACGCAUAGAUAAAUGCAACUAGUUAUUCCAAAUCAGUGUAAGUGGCCUGGGAACGACUGUGUUGCCUUAAUAACAAAAUUAGAAAUAUUUUCUCAUGUGUCUCAUCAUGUACUAUCUGUAUGCAAAAUUUCAUUUGAUUUGAGCCAAUAAUAACUGAGCUAUGCUUCAGUUUACUAUUCAAUAAACAUACUUACCCAACUAAUGACGUCACACGUUGUGCUGAAUCAGCAAUUUAUAUUUUGCACAUUUUUUGCGUAUAACUUCGGAACCAGGUGAGAUAGAAUAGAUAGAAAUUUUUGUUGCUCAUACCCUUUAAAUCGAUGAAAAUGAUCUCUUAUCCGUUUCCCUGCAGAAUCAGCUUCACAAUUCAUGUAUUAAUGGUAAAUCAUUUAUUGAUUUGCAAUAAAGUUGUGGUGUAUCAUGAAUAUUGAUCCAAUUUUACUGGUUCACAUGAAUUAUUCCGAUUGUUUUGUCGGUGUGAUCUACCAAAACUGAAAACGUAUAGCUGCAAGUCCGACUAAUUAGAUAAGAUUUAUGAGCGCUAACACUUUUUCUCUACGUAUUCCUUAUUCCUUAACCCAGUGCAAGAUCAAUGACUACUUGAGAAAACUAGAAACAAGCUAGGAAAAAAACUGUGAUUGGUAAAAAAAAAGUCAACAAGACUAUACUACGACUAUAGUGUGCAGAGUAAUGAGGGAUCCAGCCAUCCAGGAGGAAACCAACUGUCUACGCAGAUUCUAAAUAUUUGCAUCGUUAAAGUAAAAGUCAUAAUUAUGCACGUGUACUAUACGACCACUGAGGACCACCCAUGCCGUCCUACCCUCGCCUAAAUAAAUCCGAUAGAAUAUCUUUCGUUUGUAUAUUGAUUUUUUAUAAAUAGGUCAUACAACAACAGGAUUCAAGCGCAACCCUUUGGCCGUCGGGGCCGCUGUUGGCAGCGACAAAAUUCAAGAGGCCGUUGUCGAAAAAGGCAUCGAAGUUGUAGGAAAUGCAAUUGAUAAGCAGAUAGCAAAUAUAGAGGGGGCACAGAAUAAAUCUGAAGCAUUUCUAAAUUCGAGG